CACGCUCAUGGACUGGACCUGCAAGGAGUUUGACUUUACAAAGGGAUUAAGACUUGGAUUCCUCUCCGUCGCCUGACGAGAUGGCCGUGCCGGCGCCGGCCAAGGCGGUGCGCGCGCUAGCAGCCACGGCGGCGGCGCUCGUGCUGCUGUGGUGCGUCCACUUCGGCGGCGGCCUCGCCCUCAGCUCCCCCACCAACAAGGGGCUCAUCUUUAACGUUCAUCCUGUGCUUAUGCUGAUUGGAUUCAUCAUCAUAGGGAGUGAAGCCAUAAUGAGCUACAAAACAUUGCCAUGGAGCCAUGACACAAAUAAGACAGUCCAUUUGAUUCUUCAUGCCGUUGCGCUUUUUCUGGGAUCGUUCGGGGUAUAUGUUGCCUUCAAGUUUCACAAUGAAAGUGGAAUCGCUAAUCUAUACAGCUUACACUCCUGGGUUGGACUUGGCGCUAUCAUUUUGUAUGGUUUACAGUGGGUAUCUGGCUUUCUCACCUUCUUCUUUCCCGGCGCUUCGCCGACACUCCGACGUGCCAUGCUCCCGUGGCACGUUCGUGCUGGGAUCGUGGUCUAUGUGCUGGCACUGCUCGCGGCCGAGCUGGGGUUCCUGGAGAAGCUCACUUUCCUUCAGGCUGCUGGUCUGGGAAAAUACAGCUCGGAAGCCCUGCUGGUAAACUUCACUGCCCUUGUUGUCUUACUACUGGGCGCAUUUGUCGUGCUGUAUGUCACUGCUCCUGCGCAGAGCGAGCACAGGCUUGGGUAUUCAUCAGUGCGCAAGUCCUGAUUCCUGAGCCGGCUGCUCGAUUUUGUUCCAUCAUUUGUAUAUUUGAAGCACAGGCAAUAACAUUUCAUCUUCUUUUACACUCUUUUCUGCAAACUAGUUCCGAUUCAGAAUUGCAGAAUGUAAAAUUUUGCUGUCUUGUUUACCAGUAGAUUUUCUUUAGUUGCUGCAAUCUAGUUCAGGUUCAGAACCAUGAAAUGUGAAAUUUUGCCGUCUUGGUGACAAGUAAGAUGACAAAUCCUUCUUUGA